UCCAUUCCGUCUCCGGACAGCAUCCACAUCAGAUCUUUAAAACACAGGACGAACUAGCAAAGAUAAGAAGAAAAUGCAGGUUAAGUACCGAGACUUGGAGGCCGAUCUGGCCAAAAAGUUGGAGGCCAUGUUCGGAGUCGCCAACGGCGGCAUGAUUGAGGUCAACCCUGGACAGGUGCUCAUUCCACCCAAGUUCAAGGAUGUGGCGCAGCGCAUCGUCGACAUGGAAGUGCACCCUGACGACGUCUGGCUCGUCUCGUACCCCCGCACAGGAAGCACGUGGACCCAGGAGAUGGUGUGGCUGCUGGGCAACGACCUCGACUUCCAGGGCGCCAAGAUGCUGCAGCAGCUGCGCGCCCCCGUGCUGGAGCUGACCGCCCUUUUGGGCAACGACACCUCCGGAGUCAUCAAGCUGAUCGGCGAGACGGUGGACAUCGUCGAGAGCAUGCCCUCGCCCCGCUUCAUCAAGACUCACCUGCCCCUGGAACUGCUGCCCAAGCAGCUGGACACGGUCAAGCCCAAGAUCGUCUACGUCUGCCGCAACCCCAAGGACAUGUGCGUGUCCUACUACCACUACUGCCGCCUCAUGCACGACCUCCACGGUUCCUUCGAAGACUUCUGCGAGCUCUUCCUGCAGGAGAAGGUGCCCAUGGGCCCCAUUUGGAACCACAUCAUGGGCUUCUGGAAGCGCAGAAACGACCCCAACGUGCUCUUCCUCAAAUACGAGGAGCUGAAGAAGGAUUUGCGUAGCUGCGUUUUGCGUUGUGCCAAAUUCCUGGACAAGACCCUGACUGAAAAAGAAGUUGAAGCCGUCCUUGACCAUCUCAGUUUCGAGAGCAUGAAGAACAACCCUGCCGUUAAUCUGGAGCCGGUGCUCGAGUACCGCAAGACGGCCCUGAUGAACCAGAUGGCCGAGGACCAGAUCACCUGCCUGCAGGCUCCAUCUUUCAUCCGAAAGGGCGUCAAUGGCGACUGGGCCAACCACAUGUCUCCAGAGAUGGCUGCCAGAUUUGACGAGUGGAAUGAGAAGCACCUCGAAGGCACCGGUCUUUCCUUCUCAGCUUGAAAUAAAUAAGGAGGGAAAACUAAUUUAUUUCUUCCUUUCUCCGGGAUAAAUCAAAACUCACAUUUUUGGGGUUUAGUAGGAAAAAUGUUUACACCUAGAACUAUUUUUUUUAAACUUUUUUCACAUAUUAUUUUAAGUAUCUGUAAUACUCUUAAGGCUGCAUUUACGUUAAAACUGAUGUUCAUUAAGGAAUUAAAAUAAACUACCAAUUUAAGGCUACGA